UAGCUUGAAUGCCGAAAUUAUUUGUCUUUCUCUUCCUUCUGUGAAUGUUUCUGUGCACAGUUUAUUUUUUGGAGAAAAAGACCUGGAAUUCUUUGUUGGAAUUCAGUGGAUGACUCGGUAAUUCUGUAAAUGAAUUACUGAUGGAUUAUCGAAGUUUAAGUGUUUUCUGUUUUUGUUUGUGACAAUUAAGUCUUUUAACGUUUAUAGCACUGAUUCUUGUUGAUUAUGUGAAAUCUGUGUUCUUGUCUUGAUUUGAUUAUACAGCUCAUGUUAGUGAAUCUCAUUUAUGCCUUUUGAUUUAGUGUUAGUUGAAAUUGGAUGUUCAAUUUUAAGAUUUCUACACAACAAGUUUGUAAUAAUUACCAGAUUCAACAAGGUAACUGUAAUAGGGAAUCUGUAUCUUACUGGAGGUUACAUGGCCAUGGGUAUUUAUGGAGAUUUGGGACAUUUAACCUUCUGUAAGGAAGGAGAUGAGAGAUGAACUUUAGUGUGCCACCAAGAUGAAUUAAUCUUUUUCUGUGAGGUAUUUUACUUGAAAGGAAAUUUCCAUGCUGUGGAUUCUGCAGGAGUGCUUGUUGUAUGUGAUUUGGAGGGUCCAGUCCUAAAUUAAGGAAGAUAUUGACUCCAAGACCUCUGAUUAUAGGAGAAAAAAAUUACUUAGUAGUCUUAGGUGAUGAAUUAUUGCUGGUUUCUAGGAGAGUAAAAUCUUGUUUCCGUAACAUUAAUGAUAUCAAUUGUCAUGGUCACUACAUUGAUGAGAAUGCUGAUCAUGCUAAUUCUCGUAUUUAUGAUUUCACCGAGGAUGUGGAUGAUGAUAACGGAGAUGAAGUUGAUGAAAAUGAUCAUGUCAAUGAGGAUGGGAAACGUACCUUUAUAGCCUUCCCCCACUCAAUUCAUAAUGCAUAUAUCGACGAAAAGAUUUUGCUCCCCUAUGCAAUCAAUGGAAGCAGCAAUCCAGAUUAGGAAGGCAAGGUCAUGCAGAUAGGUAGAGGACCUUGGAGGGGGUGCUUUUAAUGUAAACAAAGCUCUCUAUUAAAGUGAAUGCUAGGUGCAGUAUUUUACUGGAAGGAAACAGGAUUAGACUGAGGACGAGCAGUUUUUUUGACAACCAUAUUUGAGUUCAUUUCUGUAAGCAUUCUGGCUUGGAAGAUAUUCCAUUCUUCGAAAUAAAGCCUUUGAUGAGAGCAUUGGAAUUUCACAGUAGCUGUUUGGACAAGUCUAGCAGAUUGUACUACCAGCCCAUGCAGCAAGUAGAUUCAUACUGCCUGCCGCAGUUUCAAAGUUUAGACCACCAGCGAUGCUACAAUGGCAGCAGCCAGGGAACCCACCUUGUUCAGAAUUCCCUAGAAUGGUAUUGCACCCUGGAGUCAUCUUCAGCGAGUGGUAGUUAUACUAUCUACAACUCUCCGUCAACUCUCAGAUUCUCCCCUAGUGGAAGCCCUAUGUCACAACAAGAGUCUCAGUCCUAUCCAUCUGAAACACACCAUUCCCCAGACAAUGCCUAUGGCUCUCCAAGAAGUGGAUCCUGCAUCACUGAUGAUGUUAAUGAAUUCAGGCACAAGCUGAGAGAACUUGAAAAUGUAAUGUUGGGACCUGAUUCUGAUAUUAUUGAUAGCAUUGAGAGUACCUUACAGGAUGGAUCAAACAACACCUCGUCAGGGAUAGAUGGCUGGAGACAGAUAAUGGAUACCAUUUCUAGAGGGGACUUAAAACAGGUCUUGGUUGCUUGUGCGAAAGUACUGUCAGAAGAUGAUCAUCUAACGGCACAAUGGUUGAUGGGCGAAUUACGGCAGAUGGUGUCUGUUUCUGGUGAGCCAAUCCAGAGGUUGGGAGCAUACAUGUUGGAAGGGCUUGUUGCACGGCAGGCCUCCUCAGGGAGUUCCAUCUAUAAAGCUCUGAGAUGUAAAGAGCCUGAAAGUGCUGAGCUCCUUUCUUACAUGCACAUUCUUUAUGAGGUCUGCCCUUACUUGAAAUUUGGAUACAUGUCUGCAAAUGGCGCAAUUGCAGAAGCCAUGAAAGAUGAAGAUAGAGUUCACAUCAUUGAUUUCCAAAUAGCUCAAGGGAGUCAGUGGGUAACACUAAUCCAGGCAUUUGCAGCUAGGCCUGGUGGGCCCCCUCACAUACGCAUAACUGGUAUUGAUGAUUCGACAUCAGCUUAUGCCCGUGGAGGAGGACUGGGUAUUGUUGGAAAGAGGCUGUCGAAGCUUGCUGAGUUAUUUAAGGUGCCUUUUGAGUUCCAUGCUGCAACCAUGACUGGUUGUGAGGUUCAGCCUCAAAAUCUCGGGGUUCGGGCAGGGGAGGCACUUGCUGUAAAUUUUGCAUUUAUGCUGCACCACAUGCCUGAUGAGAGUGUCACCACUGAAAAUCAUCGGGAUCGGCUUCUGAGGCUGUUCAAGGGCUUGUCUCCAAAGGUAGUGACCCUUGUUGAGCAGGAAUCUAACACAAACACUGCUGCUUUCUUCCCCCGGUUUCUUGAGACACUGGACUAUUAUACAGCUAUGUUUGAAUCAAUUGAUGUGACCCUUCCAAGGGAGCACAAGGAGCGGAUCAAUGUGGAGCAGCACUGCCUGGCGAGGGAUGUCGUUAACAUCAUAGCGUGUGAGGGACCAGAGAGAGUGGAACGGCAUGAGCUUCUCGGAAAGUGGAAGUUGCGCUUUAGAAUGGCAGGGUUUACUCCUUACCCUUUAAGCACCUUGGUGAAUGCCACCAUUAAAACACUGCUCGAUAACUACUGUGACAAAUAUAGACUUGAAGAAAGGGAUGGGGCUCUUUAUCUUGGUUGGAAGAACAGAGAUUUGGUCGGUUCUUGCGCCUGGAAGUGAAAGCUGGAACCAGUUGAUGCUCCUAUUUAGGAGCCCGGGCUGCUGGUCGAGGAAGAAAUUAUGCUGUUUUGCUUUUCUGUUUUCCCUUCUCUCUUUUUUUUAAUCUCCUAAUGGCUUUUGAGAAAGCUAUCAAAAUUGGGCAUUUCCCUUGAGACCAUUUCAAUGAUUUGGGUAUUUUCUUUCAUGAACUUCCCUGAGUUUUGCAAA